AGGGGGAAGAUGAGAUAAAGCCACUCAGAUGGAGGCCAGUCCCACCAGCCUCAAGAGGCUCAGGUUUGGGAAGCUGAAGGUGGUCCGUCGGCGCUUGCUGCAGAGGUAUGAGCACCAGCCCUUCAUCUCGUGUCUGGCUGGUUUCUACAGCUGCCGGUGGAAGCGGUACCAGCGCGAAAGGACCGAGCCUGGGAAAUGCUGCUGCAACAUGCGGGAAUGCAUGUUCUUCGCAUUGCUCGUUGCAGCUUUCUGCUUUUCUCUGGUCUUUCUGUACACAUGGGGUGAAGGUAAAAAUGACUACAACAGCUUUGACUGGUAUAACUAUGGGAACCUGGGCUUCUGGUUUCUCUGGUCUCUUGUUAUCCUGAUUGUGGCUGCAGUCUUGUUCGCAUACAUCUCACUGUUACUGGUCCUCGCAAUGUGUUUGCUUGCAGAAGGCCAGCAGCUGUACCUGCACUGGAGUCACAAGAUUGGUACUUUUCUUGUCCUUGGCUUCUCUAUCUCAGCACUCUUUGCAUUAUCUAUACUCUGGCGAGAUCACCGGAAAACUGUCCGCCUGUCAUUCCAGGUCACAGCUCCUUAUCUCCACAUAGGGGCAAUUGCCGUCAUGGUCCUUCUUGCCUGGCCUGUGGCUCUUCAUGCCAUCAGAGCAGAUAAGAAAGUUACUCAGGUGAUAAUUGUUGGUCCAUACCUGGCUAUCCUUCUCUUUCUUUUCUUGAUACCUCUGGGGAUGUAUUCUCCUUGCAUCAGAGAGAUGGGAACACUUGGACCAAAGCCAGCCCUCAUUGGACACCGUGGAGCACCAAUGCUGGCGCCAGAAAACACUGAGAUGUCAUUUCUGAAGACGAUUGAGCAUGGUGGGGAUGGUCUUGAAACAGAUGUCGCAAUAAGCUAUGAUGGGGUUCCUUUCCUCAUGCAUGAUGACACCUUGAGAAGGACAACUAAUAUCCAAGAAGUCUACCCUAAUGACACUGACAAAGCUGCUUCGUCAUUCUCCUGGGAUGCCCUGCAGAAAUUGAAUGCUGGAACGUGGUUCCUUAAGAACAAACCAUUUUUAGGGAUGGGCUCGCUGUCAAAGGCAGAUCAAAAAGAGGCAAUGAAUCAGUCCAUUUACACGCUAAGUGGUUUUUUGCGCCUCGCAGACAGUCACAAUAAACUUGUGAUAUUUGAUCUCUACCGCCCUCCAGAGAAACAUCCUUACAGAAACUUGUGGGUCCGCAAAAUCCUGGACGUCAUCCUCAAGGAGUCAAAGAUUAAACGCCAUCUGGUCCUGUGGCUGCAUAACGGAGUGAGGUCCUUUGUUCAAUCUGUUGCUCCUGGGUUUCAGCACACGAUGGGCAGAAAGGCACCAAUAGAAGACCUAAUAAAGCACAAUAUUGUCAAACUCAAUCUGGUCUACACUGACAUGUCCAGUGAAGAUAUCCGGAAAUAUGCUGAGGCAAACAUCACCACCAACUUCUAUGUGGUCAACGAGCCAUGGCUCUAUUCCCUGGCAUGGUGCUCUGGGGCACACUCUGUGACCACCAAUGCCGUCCACUUGUUGAAGGAUCUCAGCCAGCCACUCUUCCUCAUGACUCCACAGCAGUACAACAUCAUGUGGAUCCUGACAGAUCUGACCUCUGCAUUCCUCAUCUCACUCAUCUUUGCUCUGCACUGGUGGCGAGAGAAGAACUUCUCCUGCUGUGCCCAGGACAGUAACCCAAUGAUAGAGAGUGGUGGCACCUACAACAAAUUCAAGACAGAGCUCAGCGACAUGCCUGCUGUCCUGGCCUGA